CCCAAGUCCCAGGGUGCCAGUCCAUGCUCCACCGUGCAUUUUUAAGAGUUCGCAGCUGCUACUGCGGCCAAGCGCUCCCUCUCCGCGCUCCCCCCGCCCUUCCCGGCAGGGCCCUCCCGCAGGUGCCUGAGGGGGGCGGGAGCGGCCCCUGCCGGGCGGGCCCCGCCCCCAGCGCCCGUCCCGCCCCGGCUGUCCGGCCCUUCCCCGGCCUCAGCCCCCUUUCCCCGUUCCCUCCGCAGCGCCAUGCGGGUCUCGGCUCGCCCCGCGCUGCUCCUGCUGCUCGUGGGGGUCCUGCGCCAUGGCGGAGCCUCAGGAAUUCACUUGGAAAGUCUGAUGGAUAUUGUGCAAGUUGGCUGGCUGAUACAAACAUACCCACCUGUAUCUGCCAAAGAUCAGACAGUCUUCAGUGUCUUCUCUUACUGACAUUUUGGAGUGUAGCUGGCUCGUUGGCUGAGCUGGUGAGCUCAGCUGUAUCAAAUCCUGACUCCUGGUGGGAAGCUCUGUCCCUGUCCUCAGGUCUUCUUGAGCUCUCCUUGGGAAAAUUCAGAAAUGUGCUACUUAACCAGACCAAUCCAGUUGAAGCUGUAAUCAGGAACAUUGCCAGCAACGUGACUGUGGUUAUUUUUCAAGUGCAUGCCCAGCAGAGUGAUGUGGUGAUAUCCUUUGAUAAGACUCCAUCGGUGAACAGCUCAGGAAUUGGGGUAGACAAAGGGCUGGUGUCCAUCCUUCGGCCUGAGCAGACCGUGUGUACGUGGUACGUGCGUGCCCUGGAUGCUGGCCAGGUGCUCAGCACUGCCAUCUCUAUUCCCUACAUGGAGAAAGAUCCUAUUCCUGGGGGCUGCAAUCUAGAAUUUGACUUGGAAGUGGAUCCAAAUCUUUAUCUGGACUACACGUUGGUUGAUAUACACAUCAAGUUUGCCCCUGCAAACUUGGGAUAUACCAGAGGAGCAAACCCCCCCUCCUGUGAUUCAGAGACUGGCCAGAGCUCCCGGUGGCGGCUGCGCUAUGAUGUGUACCAGUACUUCCUGCCCGAGAAUGACCUGUCUGAGAUGGUGCUCAUGAGCCACAUUCGGAAAAUGUCUGGGGUGCAGAGUAUCAGAGCCAAUGGCAUUAAGAUGCUUACGCUGACAGCUGAUGACAAGACCAAUGUCUACUUCUCAUCACUUCCUGGACAAGGUGUGAUCUACAAUGUCGUGGUGUGGGAUCCUCUUUGGAACAGUUCUGCUGCGUACAUACCUGUGCAUACAUAUGCCUGCAGCUUUGCUGACCUGGUAGAUAACUGCUCUUCCCUCAGUAAACUCUCUACCAAAGUAUUCUUCACUGCUUUUGGUAUACUUGGUCUUUUCACCUGCUUUUUUGGACACAGAUUCUGGAAAACAGAUUUAUUCUUCAUGGGCUUCAUUGUUGCAGCAUUCAUUUUCUUUGUAUUCAUUACAAGGGUAACUGGCCUUGGUUAUGAUGUGCGUCUUAUUUUGACAGCGGUGGCUGGAAUUAUUGGAGGCCUGCUCUUGGUUGUGAGCUGGUGGAGAUUUGGCUCUGUCCUGCUCAGCAUGUUUGUUAUUGGACUUGUGUUGGGAUUUCUCUUCUCAUCAACGCUCUUCUUCACUCCCCUAGGAGACUACAGGGUCUUCCGUGACGAUGUGGUGUUCUGGGUGACCUUUACUUGUGUAGCCUUGAUGAUUCCAGUGCUUUUUGUUGGCUGUCCAAGAAUUCUGAACAUCCUGGCUUCUGGAAUAGUGGGAUCUUAUACAGUGGUCCUGGCCAUUGCUUGUUACGUCUACACAAGCCUUGCUUACAUCACCUUGGACCUGCUCAGAAGGGUCCUCAACAAUUACUUCAGCAGAGCUUAUACCAAUGUGCCUUUUCAAAGGAAUGACUUCAUCAUCCUGUCAGUGUGGGUGAUGCUGGCCCUCAGUGGGGUCACUGUGCAGCUCCGCCGGGAGAGGAGUGAAAUGCCUUUCCCACCACAUCCCUAUCUCACCUGGAAGAGGGAAAGGGAGCGUAGAAGCACCAAUGUCUUAGACCCCAGCCAUCACAUCCCUCCCCUGAGAGAGAGGAUCCACAACAAGCUGCUGCAUAUCAAAGAGUUCUUCCAGAAAGAUCAGCCAGCCGGGGAGAGAACUCCACUGCUUCUGUAACCUGCCAAAUAACUGGUGGGAAUGGAGAGGGAGGAUCUGGGAAUGGUGAGAUGAUUGCCAGCAACCAGCCAGUGGUGCAGAAUUUACCACUGCUAAUUUGUCCUGCUGAAUAAGAGAUUGCUGCGUGCCCAGCUUGGCAGAGCAGUUACCUGCCCAGUACACUACAUGCGGUUUGUGACUCCUCUGUGGCACACUCUGCCUGCUUCAACCUGCUUGUGUCCACCUGCAGAAUUCUGUACUUGUGGCCAAGGACAGGCAUUGAUCCUGUGGGGUCUACUUUGCUUUUUGGGUAUGUGAAAUAUGAAACGGGCCUUGGAAAGCAACCUGCUGAUUGUGCCCUUGCAUGUGGAAAUGUCUGCUGAGGCAGCUCCCAACUCGCUCCCAAGAGUGGUCAGCCUGUCUAGCUGUGAGGGGAGGGGACAAGGACUGGCCAUACAGGGAGUUCUUCCCGCAGGAACUGAGCAUCUCCUUCUAAUACAGGUACAAAACAUGUGGCUGCAGACACACUGGUUUCCAAGAAGUGUUACUGAACCUUGCAAGCUGAACUGAGUGACUUGAAUUGAAACCGCACUGAGUUAACUGUUGGAUGUGUGCACUGUGGGGAAUGGGGACUGAUCUGAUCUAAGACUUUUUCCCUCUACUUUGGGUGGUUCUGUAGCAAGCUGGUCAUCUGGUCUCUGUGCAGAGAUGGCUGCUAAGAGCACACAAGAGUUUUGUCUCCCUGUUUGCUUUCUGAACAGCCUGUGUCUUGUUUCUAUUCUGGUAUAGUAUCUUUUUUGAUGGUGCUGUCAUAAAAGAAAAAACUAAGUAAGCUCUUUGUAGCCAAUGGCAAUUUUUUCCCCCUGGAGUUGCCUGGAACACUAAUGAUUUAUUUUUAAUCAUCUUUUAAUUUUGCCUUUAAGGGAUGAAAACAGCAUUCAGCUAGCAAGGUACUGAUCAGGAACCUUGCUGACUGAAUGUGUUCAUUACCUAUUUGAAUUGCAUCUGCCCAAAGCAGAAUGUAGUAUAAAAAGAGAUGAGGGACCAAUCUCAUGUGGUGGCUUUAUGCUCUUCCUUAAAGAAAACCCCAAGAGCCACUAUCAAAAUGUCAACUGGAACAAUGUGUUUUUGGCUUAUCCCAAGGAGACCUGAGGGUGUUUUACCGUGUUUGUCCCUUGUACCCCAUCCUGGUCUCCAGUGGGGGUCUGUCAUGCACUGAAGGAUGGCUCAAGUCCCACAUCCUGUACCUUGACACAGGGUAUGCUGACUCUUCCUCCUUUUCCCUGUGUGUGAACCUUCACUGAGGGCAGCCAAGUGCACAGUCCUGCCUGGGUGAAGCAAGUGGUCACUUGGGUGCCUGCAUGGAGCCUCCAUGAGGGAAUUCCCCAGGGGUGGAAGCCUAAGCUCUCAACUACCACUUUAAAUUCUUGGUAUGAAAUCUGUAAGAAACAGCUCUUGCUGAGGAAACUGGCAAAAGAACUUUAUCUGGGAACUUCUUUGGAAGUUAAAACACCCUGGCAUAGACAGGAAUUAAUGACUUUUAAAUGGCUUUUCUUUAGGGAGUGAGAACUCAGAGACAGUGUCUGAGGUGACUGAACCUUUCUGAUGUUUAAAGACAAAUCCUGUCAUUGCUUGGAGCUGGACCAUCUGCCUCAAACAGCAAAGCAAGGCUGAAAUCCUGCAGUUUGGGUCUUGUUUCCCUGUGCUGUUGUGUGGCACAUGGGGUAAGCAAGGAGCUCUUCCCUGGGUCUCUGUCCGUCCUCCCCACACUGAUCCUGAGCAUGUCUCUGCCACGUGUAAUGGCAAGCAGCAAACACUUCUGUGGUGUAGAAAUGCUCUUAAACAUGUUUACCAUGGUGGGUUUUUAUAACUGCUGCGAUUUACAUUGUGCAAGAAACAAGUUUAACUCUUAAUUUUCUAUAUCUUUUAUAAUAAAGAUGUCUUUUCAAUGAUGCUUCUACAGUUUA